AUGGGAUUUAGUUUAUCUGUGUUGGGACACUUCUUCAAAUUGGGUCGUCAAUCGAAUGCCAUCAGCUACAAUACUCUAAUCAACGGCUUUGUUCUCAAGAAUAAAAUUCAAGAGGCAGCACGGAUUUUCAGCAAAAUGCUGCAGGGAGGUCAUUGCGUGCCCGAUGUGGUUACUUUCAGCACAAUUAUAAAGGGACUCUGCCGGAGGGGUGACAACAAUGCAGCUAUUCAGUUGCUCAGGAAGAUGGACGAUAGAGGUUGUAAGGCUAACAUAGUCAUCUAUAGCACGAUCAUUGACAGUCUUUGCAAGGACAGACUAGUUGUUGAUGCAAUGAACCUCUUCUCUGAAAUGAUUAGUAGGGGAAUUGCUCCGAACGUUGUUACUUACACCUCUUUGAUUCAAGGAGUUUGCAACACAGGUCAGUUUGAAGAAGCUACAAAGCUGUUAUAUGAAAUGGCGAGUAGAAAUAUCUACCCAAAUGUAGUCACCUACAGUGUCUUGGUUGAUGGACUUUGUAAGGAGGGGAAAGUCGUGGAAGCCAAUAGUGUGGUUGAAAUCAUGAUCCGAAAAGAUAUUGAGCCGGAUGUCGUUACCUACAAUUCACUAAUGGAUGGUUACUGUUUGCGAGGUGAAAUGGGUGAAGCAAGAAAAGUCUUUGAUCUAAUGCUCCGCAAGGGCCGCAUGGUUGAUGUUUGGAGUUGUAGUAUAUUGAUAAAUGGAUACAGCAAACAUAAAAAGAUUGAUCAGGCAAUUGAGCUUUUUGAGGAAAUGUUUCGUUUGGAAAUUCUUCCCGAUACGAUUGUUUACAACACUCUUAUUGACGGUUUUUGUAAAGCAGGGAGAAUGCAAGAAGCAGAAAAGUUGUUCUCUCGGAUGCUAAGUUGCGGCCAACUUCCAAAUGUUGAGACUUAUGCCAUUUUGCUUGACGGCCUAUGUAGCAGCCAACAACUUUCAAGGGCAAUGGAACUGCUUAGAGAGAUGGAAGACAACAAGAUGGAACUGAAUACUGUAAUUUACAACAUUAUCAUUAAAGGUAUGUGGAAAGCUGGAAGACUUAAAUCUGCAACAGACUUCUUCUCUAGUUUGUCAUCAAAAGGAGUUGUGCCUAAUGUGAGGACUUACACUAUGAUGAUUAAUGGACUCUGUAAUGGAGGCCUGUUGGUUGAAGCGGAAAAGCUGCUUAGAGAAAUGGAAGCGAAAGGCUGUUCUCCAGAUGAUUGUACAUAUAACAUCAUCAUCCGAGGGUUUAUUCAUAACAACGAGAUAUCAAGGGCUGUGCAACAUAUUGAAGAGAUGAAGGAGAUGGGGUUCUCUGCAGACGCAUCAACUAUGGAAUUGAUAAUUGAUUUGUUGUCUAAAGAUAAAUUGGGAGGUCCGUCCUAUUCCUAUGAAGUAUUGUUGGGUAGAAGAGAUGCAACAACUACAAGCAUAAACGAUGCCAACAGAAACCUUCCACCUCCGUUUUUCAACUUCCCUCAACUUCUUUCCAACUUUCAAUCCCAUGGUUUAGACCUACAAGACCUAGUCCUUCUCUCGGCUGGCCACACCAUCGGACUGGCUAGGUGUACCACCUUCCGGACCAGGAUUUACAACGAAACCAACAUAGACCCUGUAUUUGCAGCCUCCCUGAAACAAGGUUGUCCUUCAAAUGGUGGGGAUGACAACACGGCGCCACUAGACUCAACGACAGCGAGUUUCGAUACUGAUCACUUCAAGGCUUUGCUGGAGAAGAAGGGUCUGCUCCACUCUGACCAGGAGCUCUUUAAAGGCGAUGGUAGUGACAGUGACAACCUGGUGCAGCAUUACGCUAACAAUCCGAAAGACUUUGCAGUUGAUUUUGGAGCUUCCUUGAUCAAGAUGGGUAACAUGAAGCCUCUCACUGGAUCUGGUGGUGAGAUUAGACUCAACUGCAGGAAAAUCAACUAA